AAGAAGCGAAAGAGAGUUGCAGAAGAAGCAAAGGAGAAGGCCAAGAAGGCAAAGGCUUCUUCGUCCAAGAAAGCCGGCAAGAAGAAGAAGCGCGACUACGACGACGACGACAUCGACGACGACGAUGAUGAUGAUGAUUUUGAUGGCGACUUCUUGCGUGAUCAGUACAAGAAGACGCGCCCGGCACCAGGACAAUUCGAGCACUGCGAUAUAUGCGACAAGCGAUUUACCGUCACUCCAUACACCAAGGAAGGACCGAAUGGUGGCCUCUUGUGUACGCCAUGCGGCAAGCAGAUGGCCAAUGAUCUGAAGAGAGAGGAGAAGGCAUCGCAGCCCAAGCCAGCAGGACGGAAGCGCCGCAAGAUUGAGAGCGAUCGGCUUGACGGGCGUGCUGUAGGCGGUGCGAAGUCAUUGCAGCAGCUCUGCCUGGCCACAAUUGCUCAACAUCACGAUGACAUCGAGUCACUCUGCGGCAUGCCUCAAUUCUUGCUUGAGCGGCUCAGCAUGGUCUUCUCCAAGAAGCGAGUCCUGAAGUCGAAGACACUUCCGUUGUUUCUAAAUCCCGAGCACGAUGCAGUCAUCCUCCACGACGCGGCAUACCUGGAGGAAAACGACUAUCACCACGUGUUCGCAAUGUCUCCGAAGAUCGAGAAGCUCGUUCUGGGCAAUGCAUGCCAAUUGAAGGAUAAAGCUAUCGAUUACAUGCUCGAAAAAUGCCCAAACAUCAAGUACCUUCAGCUUUAUGCCGCGAAUCUGGUGUCAGAUAGCAUGUGGCUCCGACUCUUUCGCGAAGCUGGCCGCAAUCUCGAGGCUGUCAAGCUGACAUCACUGGACUCUGCCUUCGACGACUUGGCUGUGCGAGACAUGGUUUCGUACUCCCCAAACCUUGAACGCAUCAAGUUCAAAGAUUGUCGACGUGUUGGUCCUGAAAGCAUUCAAGCGAUUUCAGGACUCCAGCGCCUUGAGCACCUCUCUCUCAAGCAGAGCCGAGAAGUACCUGUCGAAGUCUUGGUCGAUCUCGUCCAGAAGCGCGGCUCGACGCUUCGUACCUUGUCUCUCGAAAAGUUCUUCGAUGCCGAUGACUCUGUCCUUCAGGCCUUACACAGCCAUUGCAUUCAUCUUUCAAAAUUCAGAUUCACAGAAAAUGAUACAGCUACCGACGCAGGCUUCGUCGCGCUCUUCACAAACUGGCAGAACUCACCACUCACAUUCGUCGAUCUUCACUCAAACCGAGAUGUGGACAAUGAAAAUCCCGACGGUCCAGAGGAAGCCAUCGGCCUUGCCUCCGAAGGCUUCAAAGCCUUGAUGGCCCAUUCAGGUGACAAGAUCAAGCAUCUCGAUAUCUCCUCAUGCCGACAUAUCCAGCUUCCAGCAUUCAUGGAUGUCUUCAACGGUGGCAAGAGCUAUCCUGACCUCGAGGAAAUCAACAUCAGCUUUUGCAACAAGGUCGACAACAGCGUCAUCGCGGGCAUCUUCAAGAGUUGUCCUAAACUGAAGAAGCUUGAUGCCUUUGGUUGCUUCGAUGUGAUGGACAUUAUUGUGCCCCGAAACGUCACCUUGGUCGGAGUCCCGCGAGCACAAGAUGCGAUUGAGCAGUUUGGUAUGGGCAUUGAUGUCGAGGAGGCCAUUUCCAGGAUGGUGGAGAUGGCUGCCUAA